AUGUCUACCCUAAUUGCUACCAAGCGAGUUGACCUCCUCGCUCCUUAUCUUGCCCUUGACCAAGGUUCAAAGAUUCAAGCCGAAUACAUCUGGAUUGACGGUGAAGGUGGUCUCCGAUGUAAGACCAUGACCCUCGAAAAGGCUCCUUCUUCCGUUUCAGAUCUUAAGGAAUGGAACUUUGAUGGUUCUUCCACUGGUCAAGCUCCUGGCGACAACUCUGAUGUCUUCCUCCGACCCGUUGCCAUUUUCAAAGACCCCUUCCGAGGUGGUGCUAACAUUCUUGUCCUCUGUGAAUGUUACGACAACGACGGUACACCCAACAAGUCCAACUACCGAUCUCACUGCAAGAAGGUCAUGGAUGACUGUAAAUCUCACGAGCCUUGGUUCGGUCUUGAACAAGAGUACACUCUUUUCGACGCUGAUGGACAAGUCUUCGGCUGGCCCAAGAACGGUUUCCCCGGUCCCCAAGGUCCUUACUACUGUGGUGUCGGUGCCGGUCGAGUCUUCGCCCGUGAUUUCAUCGAGGCUCACUACCGAGCAUGUCUUUACGCCGGUGUAAACAUCUCUGGUAUCAACGCCGAAGUCAUGCCUGCUCAAUGGGAGUUCCAAGUUGGUCCUUGUGAGGGUAUUGAUAUGGGUGAUCAUCUCUGGAUGGCUCGAUUCCUCCUUCUCAGAAUCGGUGAGGAAUGGGGUAUCAAACCCUCUCUCCACCCCAAGCCUCUCAAGGGAGACUGGAACGGUGCUGGUUGUCACUCCAACUACUCCACCAAAGAGAUGCGAACCCCUGGUAAAGGUAUGGCCGCUAUUGAGGAUGCUAUCAAGAAGCUUGAGAAGAAGCAUCUCGAACACAUUGCUGUGUACGGUGAAGACAACGAUCAACGAUUAACCGGUAAACACGAGACAGCGUCAAUGACUCAAUUCUCCGCUGGUGUUGCCAACCGAGGUGCAUCCAUUCGAAUUCCUCGACACGUUGGUGUUCAAGGUUACGGUUACCUCGAAGAUCGACGUCCCGCUUCCAACGUUGACCCUUACCGAGUCUCCGCCAUCCUCUGUGAGACCACCCUUCUCAACAACUAG